AUGGGUUACCACAACCGCCGUGACUCCCACCAGCAACAACCACCUUGUCACCGUCGUCAAGCUUCCUCUAGCUCCACUACCUCAGCGAGUCGCGAUAACGAGCUAGACCCGGACCUAUUAUGGCCCUUUGGGAAGCUAAAUGUGGUUGAUAAGGAUGACAUACGUGAAACAGCUUACGAGGUGUUUUUUACCUCAUGCAGGUCUUCCCCCGGAUUUGGGGGAAGAACUGCAAUAGCUUUUUAUUCACAUAAUGAUCAUCAUGUAGAAACAUGUAACAAUAAUAAUAAUAACAAUAACAAUAACAACAACAAUAACUGCAAUGGGCCAGGGUCGCCAGGCUCCCCUGGCUCAUCGCGAGGGAGUGGGGUAGGGAUGGUGACUAAUAGUAGGAUCAAAAGGGCAUUAGGAUUACGAACCCUAAAGCGAAUGCCUUCAAGGAGAUCAUCCCUUGGUGGCGGAGUUGGGAUGAAUUUAGGGUCUAAUUCCGGUGGCAGCGGCUCAUCCUCCCCUCAUACUGCUUAUGGACAUGUUAGUCAUCAUUCUCAUAGCGCGAGUAGCCCUGGGAUUUCGUUCACUGUGCCUACUAGAACGACUAGAAGGCCUUUAACGUCAGCGGAGAUCAUGAGGUUGCAAAUGAGGGUCACUGAGCAAAGUGAUAAUAGGCUUCGUAAGACGCUUAUGAGAACUCUUGUUGGUCAAAUGGGCAGGAAAGCAGAAACAAUAAUCCUUCCUCUUGAACUUCUUCGGCACUUAAAACCAUCAGAGUUCCGAGACCAUGCAGAGUACCACUACUGGCAAAAACGGCAGCUAAAGAUACUUGAAACAGGCUUAAUUCUCCAUCCAUCAAUCCCAAUCGAGCAACGCAGCUCAUAUGCAUUAAAACUACGCGAGAUCAUACGCCUUAACGAAGAUAAACCAAUAGACACAGGCAAAAAUUCAGAGACCAUGAAACAGCUUUGCAACUGUGUGCUCUCUUUGGCGUGGCGUGGUGCCAAUGGCAAUCCAACAGAUGUUUGUCAUUGGGCAGAUGGAUAUCCCCUGAACCUACACCUCUAUAUUGCACUACUUCAAUCAGUUUUCGACCUUAAAGAUGAGACCGCGAUCUUAGAUGAGGUGGAUGAAUUGAUGGAGCUGAUGAAAAAGACAUGGACAACAUUUGGGAUAACUAAACCUCUUCACAAUGUGUGUUUCACCUGGAUACUUUUUCAGCAGUAUGUUCAAACAGGGCAAACAGAGCCUGAUCUUUUGAACGCGGCAUUGACUAUGUUAGUUGAGGUGGCUAAUGAUGCUAAGAGACCAGUUGAUAGAGAUGAAAACUAUGUCAAGAUUUUAGCUUCUGUAAUGACUUCAAUUAUUGGAUGGUCAGAAAAAAAGCUCCUUAAUUACCAUGAUGCAUUCCCUUCUAAAGGAAGUGCUGCAAUCAUGGAGAAUUUACUACCUUUAGUAUUGCAAGCGAGGAAGAUUUUGGAUGAAGAUAUUGCUGCUACUAUAGCAGCUAGGCAAGAACAAGAAGAUGAGAAAGAAACUCAUGAGUUGUCUGGUAAUCGAGUUGAUUACUACAUUCGUUCCUCCUUGAGAAAUGCAUUUGCAAAGAUAGCCGAAAAUAUGAGCACAACGAACAUGCAUCUAGAGGGAGAAAAAGAGGUGAGCGAAGCACUCGUAAUCUUAGCUCAAGGAACAGAAGAAUUGGCUGCAAAAGAGAAGGAAAGUUAUAGCAACACUCUAAAAAGGUGGCACCCAGUAUCUGCUGCAAUAGCAUCUGUGAAAUUGCAUAAUUGUUAUGGAGCUGUAUUGCAGCAAUAUUUAUCAGGAGUAUCAAUGCUCACAACGGAAGCAAUCAAUGUGCUUCAUAAAGCUGGAAGACUUGAGAAAAUUUUGGUGCAAAUGGUUGUUGAAGACACUGUUGAUUGUGAAGAUGGUGGGAAAUCCAUUGUUAGAGAGAUGGAACCUUAUGAAGUUGAAUCUAUCAUUAUUAGGCUUCUAAGAAAAUGGAUCGAGGAGAGGCUACGAAAGGCAAGAGAUUCUGUUCAAAGAGCUAAGGAAACUGAAACAUGGAAUCCGAAGUCUAAAGUAGAGCCAUUCGCGCAAUCUGCAGUGGAACUUAUGAAGAUCGCUAAGCAAACUAUUGAUGACUUCUUUGAGAUUCCCAUUGGACUCUCUGAUGAUUUAGUCCAAGAUCUUGCUGAUGGUCUAGAACGUGUAAUCCGAGAAUAUUCUAGCUUUGUUGCUGGUUGUGGAACAAAACAGAGUUAUGUUCCAACACUCCCUCCUCUAACAAGAUGCAGUCGAGAUUCAAAGUUUGCCAAGCUUUGGAAAAGAGCAGGUUGCAAUGUUGGUAUGCAUGAGCUCCACCAUUACAUGGCAGCAAUUGAAGGUCAUCAUGCACGCCCAUCAACAAGUCGUGGAACACAACGCCUCUACAUUCGCCUUAACACCUUACACUACCUCCUCUCCCAUCUCAACUCCCUCGACAAGACCCUCGCUCUCUCCCCAAGAGUCAAUCCAAACACCCAAAAACGCUAUCCUAAUAGCCGAAGAAACUUAGGCAACUCCACCACCUACUUUGAGCUUGCACGUGCCUCAAUGCAGGGUGCUAUCCAACAUGUUGCAGAGGUAUCAGCCUACCGCCUAAUCUUCCUAGACUCAAACUCUGUCUUCUACGAAAGCCUUUAUGUUUUCAAUGUAUCCAACUCUAGAAUCCGGCCUGCUUUGCGAAUCCUCAAGCAAAACCUCACCCUCUUAGGUGCAAUAUUAAUUGAUCAUGCUCAACCAUUGGCCGCAAAAGAGGUAAUGAAAGCAGCAUUUGAAUCAUACUUAAUGGUGUUGUUAGCAGGAGGAAGUGCCCGAACCUUUUGUAGGUCGGAUUAUGAGAUGAUCGGAGAGGAUUUUGAGAGCUUGAAACGGGUGUUUUGCACAAGUGGUGUCGGCCUAAUAGCUGAAGAUGAUGUGGAUAAAGAAGCAGAGGUGGUACAAGGGGUGGUUGAUCUCAUGGGACAGUCUACCGAGCAGCUAGUCGAGGACUUCAGCACUGUGGCUUGCGAGAAGAGUGGGAUAGGAGUUAAUGCAACAGGGAAGAAGCUGCCAAUGCCACCAACGACGGGCAGGUGGAACAGAUCCGAUCCAAACACAAUACUAAGAGUAUUAUGUCAUAGAAAUGAUCGCUCCGCAAAUCUUUUCUUGAAGAGAACAUUCCAAUUACCUAAGAGGAGAUGA